AUGGGUAUCGCCAAGAAGACUCGCAAGUUCGCGCAGGCAAGUCCACAAACCAACACCCAGCACCCAGCACCCAGCACCAUACUAACUCAAGCAACGAACCAACAGGUCAAACGCGCCAUCAGCCAGCGAGACAACCGCGUCAAGCAGCCCCUGAACGGCAAGAAAGAAGAGAAGAAGCCCCAAGGCGAAGAAGUCACCCGACACAUCCCGGUCGCUCCAUCAAACAUGUUCUUCGCCGCCAACACCGCCCUGGGUCCUCCCUACACCGUGCUGGUGGAUACCAACUUUGUUUCGCACACAAUCCGCGCAAAACUGGAUAUGCUGCCUGCUAUGAUGGAUCUGCUUUAUGCCAAGUGCAUCCCGACCUUCACAGACUGCACCAUUGCCGAGUUGGAGAAGCUGGGCCCGAAGUUUCGGCUGGCGCUGAGGGUCGCAAAGGAUCCGAGAUGGAAUAGGCUGCAUUGUGAUCACGCUGGUACCUAUGCUGAUGACUGCAUUGUGGACAGGGUCAUGAAGCACAGAAUCUAUACCGUCGCUACGAACGAUAAGGACCUUGUGCGACGCAUCCGCAAGAUACCCGGUGUGCCGAUCAUGAAGGUUGCCAGAGGCAAAUAUGUCAUCGAGCGGCUACCUGACAGCUUUGACUGA